GUGACCGGGCGGAAGUGGAUGACAACAAGGGGACCCGGGCAGGGUGUCCGGCGGGGCUAGUACUGCGAGAGGGGGAGGAAGGGCCGCCACCAUGAUCCCCACCGAGGACUCGUCGGCCCGGAAACGGGAUAUCGAGGAGAAGCUGCGGCAGGAACAAGAAACUUUGUCAUUUAUAAGAGAGAGCUUGGAAAAAAGUGACCAACUGACAAAAAACAUGGUAGCCAUCCUUUCAUCCUUUGAAAGUCGACUGAUGCAACUGGAGAAUUCCAUCAUUCCGGUCCACAAGCAGACGGAAAAUCUGCAGCGCCUGCAGGAUAAUGUGGACAAAACGCUGUCUUGCCUGGAUCAUGUGAUUAGCUAUUAUCAUGUAGCGAAGGAUACUGAAAAGAUCAUCAAAGAAGGUCCUGCUGGAAGGCUGGAAGAGUACCUGAAUUGCAUGGCGAAGAUUCAAAAAGCCGUGGAGUUCUUCCAGGACAACAACCCAGACAGCCCGGAGCUCAAUCGGGUGAAAUUCCUCUUUGAAAAAGGCAAGGAGUCUUUGGAAUCGGAGUUCAGAAACCUCCUAACUCGCAACAGCAAGCCAGUGCCACCCGUUGUCAUCCUGGACCUGAUCGCUGCCGAUGAAGAAAUUGAGACAACAGAUGAAGUGCCCCUGGAGCAUCUCCCCGAGAACAUUUUGCAGGAUUUGAUCUGUGUUUCAGUGUGGUUGGUGGAUUGUGGGAGGAGCCUGGAUUUUAUGAAUGUAUAUUACCAAAUCCGUUCCAACCAGCUGGAUCGUUCGAUCAAAGGCCUGAAGGAACAUUUCCGCAAGAACAGCUCAUCCUCUGGUAUCCUGUACUCUCCUGCCAUGCAGAACAAAAGGAAGGAUACCCCUAGUAAAAAGGCCAUCAAGAGACCAGUCUUCAUCCCAGGCACAAUUCGUAAGGCUCAGAACCUUCUGAAACAAUAUUCUCAGCAUGGGCUGGAUGGCAAAAAGGGUGUUUCUAAUCUCACUCCCAGUGAAGGUCAUGAUCACGAGUUGCGAGUUAAACACCUCUCAGAGCCGCUGAAUGAGAAGCAUGGCACUCCCAUGGGGAAGGACGACAUAAUGGACAGUGAAAUUGACUCUUACAUUCACUGUAUCAGCGCGUUUGUAAAGCUGGCCCAGAGUGAGUACCAGUUACUGACGGAGAUUAUCCCCGAGCACCACCAGAAGAGAUCUUUCGACUCCUUGAUACAGGAGGCUCUGGACUCCCUUAUGGUAGAAGGAGACAACAUCGUGUCCACGGCACGCCGAGCUAUCAUGCGGCAUGAUUACUCUGCGGUCCUAAACAUAUUCCCCAUCCUUAAGCACCUCAAGCUGAUGAAACAGGAGUUUGAUCAGGUUCUUCAGGGCACAGCUGCCAGCACAAAGAAUAAAUUGCCAGUGCUGAUCACUUCCAUGGAGACCACAGGUGCCAAAGCGCUGGAAGAGUUUGCAGACAGCAUUAAGAAUGACCCAGACAAGGAGUACAACAUGCCCAAAGAUGGAACUGUCCAUGAACUGACCAGUAAUGCCAUAUUGUUCCUUCAGCAACUGUUGUACUUCCAGGAGACCGCCAGCGCCAUGUUAGCAUCUCAGGAGGUUGGAACUUCAUCCAGCUCCUUCAACUCUGAGUUCAACCGGCGGCUUCUCAGCAACUACAUCUGCAAAAUACUUGGCAAUCUACAACUGAACUUGCAUAGCAAGGCCAAGGUGUAUGAGGAUGCAGCCCUGGGUGCUGUCUUCCUUCUCAAUAACUUCAACUACAUCCUCAAAUCUCUGGAGAAGUCAGAACUAAUCCAGCUUGUGGCCGUAUCUCAGAAGCACCCAGACAAGACGUAUAAGGGGCACAUUGAAGAGCAACUUCAGAUUUACCAGCGCAGCUGGCUGAAGGUCACAACACCCCUUACUGAGGGUAAUCUACCUGCCUUCCAGCCCGGGACCAAAUUAAAAGAUAAGGAAAGGCAAGCAAUCAAAGAUCGUUUUAAGGCGUUCAACGAUGGACUGGAAGAACUCUGCAAAAUCCAGAAAUCUUGGGCGAUCCCUGAUAAGGAACAGAGGGAUAAGAUCAGGCGGGCACAGAAAGAGAAUGUGACUGGAGCUUAUCAGGUCUUCUGGCAGAGGUAUUCAAAUGUUCCCUUUACCAAGAAUGUUGAAAAAUACAUAAAAUACAGAGUGGAGCAGGUUGAAGAAAUGAUUGAGAAGCUCUUUGAUACUUCAGCAUGACGAUCCAGUAUUACUGUGCCAGAAACAACUGCCAAUCAUUUAUUGAAAUAUUGUGUAAAUAAACUAUUACUUGAAUGAAACUUA